UGUCCAUUGUGUAAGAAGGACGUCAAUAUUCCAGAAGGUGGCGCUAAGGAGUUUCCUACCAACUUUAUGGUCGACAAUAAAGGACAAACCAAUCAACAAACAGAAGAACCUGAACCGUCUUCAACACAACAACCAAAAUGUCCUAACCACAAUCAGAGAGAGGUUGAUUAUUACUGUAAUAAUUGUAAUGUAGGAUUGUGUUUAAAGUGUAUAUUAGGAAAACACAAAAAACAUAAAACACUGGAUAUAGAAAGUGACGAAACACGGAAUAAAGCC